GGAUCAUCACAGAGCAACUCAACAGAAACACAACCAUCCCCUAUUACGUGCACAAUGUUGGAUAUAGAUGGGAAUUUGUAAGGCUAUCUACAGUAUGUGAUACUGGGACUUCAUAUGUAUUCAUUUUAAGUUUCUCAAUGGCAUUUUAAGGUUUACAGCACGGAUGGUAGAUAUGUUUCAAUGACGUAGCUGCUAGCUAACUAGCUCGCGAAGGACUGUCAGAUGUAUUUGUCUGUGGCCUAGAUCAAUUGAUGGGCAGACGCAGCGGAAACAUUGUGUCUUGAAAUCAAAGUGGCUGAUUCGAAAUGGUCCAUUUCUAAUGCCGCUCAAUUCUGGAGGACGUGAACUAAAUAUGCCAAGCCUGCUGCAAUGACAACAUGAACUUGAAAAAAUCCAGAAGCGGUGCGUCCUCCCCAUUGAAUGGAGUGGAUAAACAAGAUCCGGAGUCGAAGAAGAGGAAGAAGGAGGCUGAUAUCGCACACGCCCUGAGCGUGUCGCCGGUGGAUGUGGCGGCCCUACGCCGGAUGGCCAUCAGCGAGGGCGGGCUGCUCACCGAUGAGAUCCGCUGCAAAGUGUGGCCAUGCCUGCUCAACGUCAACCUGGAGGGCAUCUCAGACGAGCUCGAGGAGGUGGAUCGAACCAACAACAAGGACUACAAUCAGGUGCUGCUGGACGUCCAGCGAUCCCUUCGGCGAUUUCCCAAAGGUAUGCCUGACGAGCAGCGUAUGGGGCUUCAGGAGGAGCUAAUUGACAUCAUCCUGCGUGUGCUGCUGAAGAACCCGCAGCUCCACUACUACCAGGGUUACCAUGACAUCGUGGUCACUUUCCUGCUGGUGCUGGGGGAGAGACUGGCUACCAUUCUGGUAGAGAAGCUCUCCACACACCAUCUCAGGGAUUUCAUGGACCCCACUAUGGACAACACUAAACACAUCCUGAACUACCUGAUGCCAAUAAUAGACCGAGUCAAUCCUGAGGUGCACGACUUCAUGGAACAGGCGGAGGUGGGCACCAUAUUUGCCCUCAGCUGGCUCAUCACGUGGUUUGGUCACGUCCUGUCCGACUUCCGCCACGUCGUGCGGUUGUAUGACUUCUUCUUGGCCUGUCACCCCCUCAUGCCAAUAUAUUUUGCUGCUGUGAUUGUGCUGUAUCGCGAGGAGGACGUCCUGGACUGUGAGUGCGACAUGGCCUCCCUGCACCACCUGCUGUCCCAGAUCCCUCAGGACCUGCCGUACGAGACCCUCAUCAGCCGCGCGGGCGACCUCUUCGUCCAGUUCCCACCCUCCGAGCUCGCACGGGAGGCCACACACCAGCGCAACCGAGAGACGGCGUCCUCCACCUUUAACGACUUUGGGUUGCCGUCCUCCCAGCAGCGUCCGGACUCGGCACUGAGGCGCAGGAGGCGGGGAGAGCCCCAGCAGGGCCCGGCCCCCAUGGAGGCCAAGCAGGGGGCCGUGGUGUCCAUGCGGCCCUCCGCCCGACGCUUCGUACGCCUGGCUGUCAUGGGCAUCACCGUGGCCCUCGGGGCCGCCGCCCUGGCAAUGGUCAACCAAGCCCUGGACUGGGGAACCAAGCUGGAUUUACAGUUCUUCCCCUGAGACUGAGAGAGACAGACACAGAGAGGAGCUGAAGCUGCAGUUCUUCAUCUGAGACUCAGAGGCGGAGAGGAGCUGAGGUACAGUUCUUCAUCUGAGAGGGACAGAGAGGAGCUGAACUGUAGAGAAAUGAUGACUGGACCUGGAUGCAGUCACUGUUUAUAUGGAUGAAUGGAUGGAUGAAUGGAUGGAGGAAGGGAUUGAUGGAUGGAUGGAUGAAGAAGUUGAAAAAGAAGGCUUCUGGAAGGCUCCAGGAUUGUUCCGUAAUACCAUCUUUGCCUGUUGUGUGAAAAAAACAGGUGGAUAUGGAGGACAAAAAAACACUUAAUUGAUCGUAUUAUUUAUAUUUGUAUAUAUAAUAUAUAAAGUCUGCAAACCUAUAGAAAUGAUUAAUAUCAUGCUUACAGAGAUUAAAGAUGUGUGUGUAUUUUUUUGUUUUUGGUGUUAUUCAUGAAGUCAUUUUAAAACAACUCGGUCACUUCUGUUGCUCAGAAGUUGUCAGGUAGUUAGUUGUAUAUGUAGGAGAGAGAUUUCGGAGAAGAUCUUCAGAAGGGUGGCAUUUGAAUAUACAGCACGUAUAAGGGCCAAGAAGAAUGGGACAAAAACAAGUCUCCUAAUAUCGUUUCCACAUCGUAAGGAUAUUCCAAGAAGGUAGCUCAGUAGUAAACUAGGUUACGUUAACCUGUGGAAGUAAAGCAUCUAAUAAUACAAGAGCCUGGAGUUUCCGAUUUUCUUAACUGAACGAUUUGUGCAGGUUAUCUAUUAGCAAGUUUAUAACUUUCCGUAGGUUAGCUUAGACAGGUUUAUGACUCAACUGUGUUCUUGGGAUGACCACAUUUGCCAUAUUGGGGUCUGUGACUGGCACAGCUUGUGUGUGUACGUCUUCACAGGCCUGCAUGAUCAGAGUAGUUUGCAGUUCAAGUGUCUUCGUUUCAUCUUCUUACUCUCAUAACCCUGAUAAACUAUACUUGAGACCAAAAACAUAUAUUUUUUGUUGGAAUGCCAUCCUUUUUAUGUGACUUGCUUUUGUAUUUUUUGUAUGAAUUCAUUCAAAUAACUCUGAAGCUUCUCUGUACAGGCUUAACCCCCUGUAAUGAAUAAAUGUAUAUGUAUAGGAUUGAAGGUU